GAAGCAAUAGGUGCUGGAAAUUUCAUACGUGCGUGCUAAACUAGGGAAAUCAUUCUGUAAGAAAGUGUCGAGCUGCAGGAGUUUUCAUUGGGUUCAUGCCCUCCUAGUAUGGGUCUUCAAGGGAUGCGUUGGUCAACUAUCGUUGAUCAGUAUUCAGGGGGUUGCACGAAAUGGCUAAAAUCCACAUCGCCAUCAUCUUAUUGGGGCUCUGCCUAGUAUGCAAUUCGGCAGGUUUUGAAUCAGACACAAAUGAAAUGAGCAUUUUCUUGGUAUUUCACACUUCUAUUUACACCAAUCCUGGAUGGAAAAGCACUUUUGUGUUCAUUUGUAUCCUGAAUGGCCUGGUGUUUCUUCUUGGCUGGGAAAGCUUUUUGUGAGAGCCAUUCAAGAGCUAUGGCAGUGGUGGUCGCGGUUAUUGCGCGUGGUGGUGGAUACAGAGGAGGAAGAGGCGGUGGUGAUGGUGCUUGCUACAGCUGCGGUGGUAGGUACAACGGCGGAGGCGGUGGUGGAAGCUAUAACAACUGUGGGUAUUCUGGGCUUUUGCAAGGGACUGCCCAACAAGCUCUCGCUGAAAAAUAUUUGCAUUCGAUGUUGAUCAGUAGGCAUAAUCUUUAUUCUCAAUUUUACAUAUCAGGACGUGAUUUUGCUGCCUUUUUUACGGACUGUGGCUCUGAUUUUGGGAGUUGCAGUUUGGUUAAACCAACUCAUAAUAGUCAAAUAAUAAGCUCACCACGGGCCAAAGAAGCUGAUAUUGUGUAUUCUGUCAUUGAUAGGUGUGGAAUGACAGUACUUGUUAAUCAGAUUAAAGUGCCUCAUCCAAGUUACCCAUCGACAUGUAUAUCCAUUCAAGUGCCAAAUCUUUGAUGGUAGAAUCCUAGUUUCGAAGAAACCUGAAUAGCCCUCAUCUUAUAGGGAAUUGGGAAUUCAGUUGCUACGUGGCAAACAUUUUUUCUGGUGCUUUCGGGGUCAUAUCUUUAUGUAUUUGAAACUGCAGAGUCUCAGAGUUACCAGCGAUACCUAAGGAUAAUUUUGAGGAUGAUAAUGAAGAUUAAUCUGUUUAUGAUUGUGGUUUAUUGGCUAAGAUGGAGUAGUGUUCGGAAUGAAUAUAUGUAUGGUUGACUAAUAAUUUUUAUUAGAACAUAUUUAUGUAGGAUAUAAUAUUUUAAUUUAGUUUUUCGUAGAGUAUUAGUAGUAAAUUCUAAGUGAUCUCAUGCUUAUUUUGAUAAAGCUAUGCUUAAUUUAGUGUGAGAUGUAUGAAUAUUCAAAAUUAACUUCUAUU